AUGACAUAUCCUUGGUGGAAUAUUUCAAUUUGGUGCAUCUUCAUCCUGUGUCUCAAGCUGCACAACUCAGUUUGCAAUCAAUCAUUUACAUUUGAUAACAUGGAUAUGGAGAUCGCUUUUCAAGACCUGUUCAAUCUACCAUUGCUGGAAACACAAAUGGGAGCUAUGGAGCCAACAACAAAGAGUUCAAAUAUUUUGACAAAUGUACCUUCUACCCGUGCAAAAACAAAGUUAAAAGCUAAAGCUACAACACAAAAGGCAAAUCAUAAAAGUAGGGCACUUCUGCUAGAAUUUGUCAUGUCUAUUAAAUUUGAUCAUUUUAGUUGGCUUAAUAUUUAUUUUACGGAUUCAAACUCUAGUAAUCAAACAACCAUCACAGAUAUCAAAGAAAGCAUUGAAAGAGGCCUUCAAAAAUGA